CUUAAAUGCACGCUCUAUAUCUUAUUAUCGUAUGAAAGUCUGUCUUCCGCCUCAGUUUUUACCAGGAAGAACACAGGCCGCAGGUGAUCCGCUAAUGGGCUGACGUUGGUUAUAAAAUGAUGGAGCUAUGGAUCUUACGUAUUGUAUUCUUGUUAGUUUUUCAAAAACGUUUGUAUCAAUGCGAAAUUUUAUGGAAUGAAUUGGAGACGGAAUGCCAACCUCAUCUGCAAAAAGAGAAAUCAGUCAAUAUUUCACACACGGUUGAGGAAAACUGUUCUAUUGGCUCUAUUAUCUACGACCUGUCAACCGAAUUUGGAAGUGGAAAUCUAUUUUUUGAAAGAAAUUUAAAUCGACGGUUUGCUGUUAAAAAUGAUACUGGAGUUAUUGUUGUUGAUGAUGUACUUGAUUUUGAAUCAAAUCCAACCGAAGUUAUCAAUUUUAUUGUUUUCAAUAAUGCGGAUGGUAAAAUCACAAAUGUUCAUCUCGUCGUUGAUGUCUUGGAUGUUGACGAGCCGCCAUCUUGGGCGAUGGCUUUCCAUCCGUACAAGGCGCAAUUUACAUUAGACAAUGAUGCAGAUGAUGUUGUUUAUCGACUGUCAGCAUUUGACCCAGAAAACCGUACAAAUACAUUAGUCUACGGAAUGUUCUCAGAUGAAUACAACCUAUUCAAUGUAAAUCCUAAAAAUGGUGAAAUAUCGCUUAAAACUAGGCCAUCACUCAGUACUUUACCAGAGGAUGUACUACGGAUAACAGUGACUGUAACAGAAAAAGAUAACUUACAGAAUCGCAAUGCAGCUGAUGUGUUUUUUUACACUUCAUCUCAACCACCUCAGUUCACCCUUGAGGGAUACACUAUUAAUAUUAACGAGAAUAUCGAAGUACCUACAAAAUUAGCCACUGUUAAGGCAAGAUCUUUUCAGUCAGACGGGAGCAUCUCAUAUUCAAUUAUAAGACAGCCAGACAAUAUACAACAUUCCAUCGAUGAGUUUGGUAUCGUUAAAGUUCUCUCAACCCUCGACCGAGAAUAUCGUACGGGUUAUACUAUACUCGUAAAAGCUACAGACUCGUUGGAUCAAAUUACAGUAGCGGAGGUAAUACAGUUUAUCUUUGAAGUUGAUAGAAAUGCAACUACUGGAUAUCAUAUUGGCCAAGUUUUUGCCUAUCAUCCUAAUGGUAAUGCACUCCAGUUUACCAUGAAGUCUGGAACUGCAUCUCCGUAUUUCAAAAUGCAACAGGAAACAGGUAUAUUGAGUCUUGUGUCGUCAGCUGAAGCAUUGGAACCAUCCUGUUCUGUGGUUGUGAUAGCCAUGGACAGCAACCUUGUUCGUGGAGGUAUGGAUUCAACGUUUGAAGAAGUUAGUGUUAAUAUUAGGACCAAGGAUCUGAACCAACAUACACCACAGUUUCCAGACUGCAGGAGCUAUUCAACUGUAGAGGUUACCGAGGAGCAAAUGACUGGUACAUUUGUAUUAAAUGUGACAGCAGUAGACAGGGACAAGGGACGUAAUGGUGAAGUUGAGUUUUCUCUUUCUCUAAAUACUGAUGGUAGCACAGUUUUCAAGAUAGAAACGAGCUCCGGAGGUGUUGGAAUUAUCCGGACUCGUCAGAGUCUGGAUCAUGAAAUAAAAUCUAGAUAUACGAUUUCCGUUAUUGCAACAGAUCUAGCGAUGGACUAUCAACUGCGCAAUACAUGUACCAUAGAUAUACGAGUUCUUGAUAUCAACGAUAAUCAUCCUCUUUUUGACUACCCGAGAUAUACACGUAAGUUGUAA